AUGUCAGGCUCGAGGAAACUUUUUGACAGUUGCACUCUCACCGCGCCCAACAGGAAAGGAGCGGACGCCUUCCUUGUAUUGAUCAACACCCAACAACGUUUCCACCUCUUGCAGACUACCCUUAGGGUCUCUCUUGGCUUCUAUGGUCUGCGGUGUUGUAUGAUGGCUUUCAGCAUCCCUGUUCAAGCAUAUAAAAGGUCGUUGUUCGAAGUGUUGUGGGCAUUCUUUACCCUCCUUCAACUGCCUCCUACUUCUCAGGGUUUUCACUCCAAUUGCCAUCCCAAAAUGGUCACUCUUUUGAGCUUUGCUACCACUGUCCUUCUUGCUCUUCCCGCGGUUCUCGCCGAACCUGCCCCUUUAAUCAGCCUCAACACCCGCCAACUGUCUGGCUUCGACCCCAGCAACGUCCCAAGUCAGUGCCUUGUACAGCAAUGCCAGGCCUUGGUUGAUGCCUUCAAUGUCCAGGGCUGCAACACGAUGGAAUGCCUAUGUACUGAAAGCGUCGUAGCAUCCCUGAGAAAUUGCUACCAGUGUUCCGUAGACGCGGGCAGCUUCGACCAAUCUCUCGCAGAUGCUGCCGUUGACAGCUUCAUUCAAACCUGCGCAACUAUCGGUAGACCUAUCUCCGCUUCCGGUUCUUCAGGUGGUUCCUCCAAUGCGAGUGGAUCCUCGUUGUCCGGCAGUGGGUCCAGCGACAAUUCCUCCUCUUCCACUACUUCUACCGACGUAGCCACUCAGACUGGCGGUGCACUCGCCAGCUUUGGCUUAACCACUGCCAGUAUUUUCUUCGCAGCCGCUGCGGGAACUAUUGCCCUCGUGUAA